AUGCCUCGACCCCGUUGGUUUCUCCAAGCAGAAGCAAACUUCUUUCGUACCUUAAUGAACACGGGAAUGUGCCUUCACCGCCUCUCCCCACCCAUUCCUCCACAGCACAACUUCACCAGAAACAUCCCCAUGACCGUCUCCCCCACAAAAGGCGAAAUAAGCCUCUACUUUUACACCCCACCCUCAUACCCACCCCGGCCGGACUCGUCGCGCAAAUACCCUGUGGUGGUAAACUUCCAUGGCGGCGGCUUCACGCUCGGCCACGCCACCGACGACGUACGCUGGGCGGCAUCGGUCGUCUCGCAUGCGGAUGCAAUAGUAGUAAGCGUGGACUACCGUCUCGCGCCGGAGCAUCCAUUUCCCACAGCUAUCGAAGAUGGCGUCGACGCUCUUUUGUACCUAUCCGCUCAUGCGGAGGAGCUGCGCAUUGAUCCACUGAGGGUCGGGAUUUCAGGGUUCUCGGCCGGGGGGAAUAUGGCUUUCACGGUCCCAUUAAGGCUGCACGAGGAAUACAGACGACAGCCGGCGCUUCCACAGCUCGUGAUUGUGGCAAUCGCAACUUGGUAUCCGAGCACCGACUUCACUGCGACCCGCACUAACAGGCGGAGCACCAACUUGAGGCCGGAUAAGGAACUUCCAAAGCUGUUUACGGAUAUGUUUGAUGCGAGCUACUUGUAUCCUCCGAAGAGCGUGCCGCUAGAUUCACCGUAUUUGUCACCGGGAGUGGCGAGCGAGGAGCUGUUGAGGGAGUUGCCGCCGGUAAUUUAUAUGUAUACUUGUGAAUGGGAUGAGCUUCUUCAGGAGGCGGAGGGCUUUAGAGUUAGGUUGGAGAGCGAGGGAGUCGGAAAGAAAGUUUUUUAUAGGAGGGUUGAUGGAGCGGCGCAUGCAUGGGAUAAGACAGUUGGGCCCGGGGAUACGAGACGUGAGGCCCUUUACAAAGAGGUGUGUGAGGGGUUGCACAGUGUCUUUUAUAAGGGUUAG